AUGGAAUCUGAAAGUAUCCUAAAAGAAUUAAAUGAACUAUUACCAACAUCUAUUCUUCAGGAAGUCGCCUGUUUUUGUUUUUAUGAUGAUCAUCCCAAAGAUUCCCGAAAAAUCGAUAUCGUUGUAUGUACAAAACGUGGAGAAGUUAUGGAGUUUCAUCAAAGAGAACUUGUCUCUUCUCUUUUGUUAGAAAACACAUCGGACAUCAUCGAUAUAAUUAUUCUCCGUAAUGAAAGUUGUGAUUUAUUUUAUUUCGUACAUACCAAUUCCCAAAUAAUAGUUUUAUCUGUGAAAGAAGAAAUGAGCAUACAUAUUUUAAUAAGUAAUGUAGAAAGAUAUGAAUUUCUUGAUAUUGAUUUCUCCGGCUUGCCAUGUCUUAAGGUCAUACGAAAAGAAGAUGCUGUGCCAUUUAUAUAUGACUGUAACUUUAAGCUUCUUGGACCUGUUAAAGUCCCAAAACUAGAAUUUGAAACUUUUCCUAUCAUGUCACAACUUGCAAGAAAGCUUACUGAAGCUAAAUACAAUGUCAAACAGAAUCAAGCUACUCUAGACGAGUAUAUCAAAAUUAAACAAACUGCAGCUUAUUGCUUGUAUGAAAGAAAUAGUCCAAACACUGAUGAAUCCUUUUUUUCAUUAGCAUCAACCUCUAUAUCGAAGGUGUUAAGUAUAAGAACACAAAAACCACUGGUCAAGGGUUGCAAUAAAAAAAUUACUGUUAUUGUUAACAUAAAAAAUGAAAAUAAUGUACCCAUAGAGAAUAUACACAUCCUCUUUCAUGGUAUAGACAAUAAAACCAUUACAUACACAACAAAAGUCUAUGAAGAAUCGAGCACAAUUUGGAAAGAAGUAACAAAUACAAUAAAGAGUAAUCAAGAAUGUUUUGUUGUUGCUGUAUUAGACAUGAGAGAAUUGAAAUAUAGUGUGUCUAGUAAAAUUGAAUUUGAAGCAGUGUUGUCAUUUGAAAAACUUGGUAGUAGUUAUGUGUUGCCAUUAGAAAAUGUUUCAAUAUCUGUUAUGGAGACAAUGGAGGAGGGUUUUGAAUUGCUAAUGAGCAAUGAAGAUAGCAAAUUGAAAGUAUUAGGGCUAAUGGCUACUUCUGAGAAAAUGGAGCUUAUUUUUAGACAUGUAGAUAUGGAAGAUCCCGGUGUAAAUAUUCUAGAAAUUCUUUGUAAAAACUUAAAUAUGGAAGCCCUAGAUAACAUGGAUAAUGUCUUAGUCCACAAGAAAUCUCCUACUCAUAUACUUCAUGGCUUGACAUUAGUUCUGAUGGAAGAUAAUAAGAUGGGUAGUUUUAAAAUAGAUGUUUAUUCAAGGUCAACCGCACAAGUACUGGCAUUCAUCCUCUACAUGUAUGACAGAAUUCCGCACAGAAUAAUGGUAACUCUGCCAGACCACAUUGUAUCGGCUAAAACCAGCGAUUUAGCCCGUUUUAAUAGCAACACUGAAAUGUCAAUUGACUCCAAAAACUAUGCGUCAAGCCUAUUGAAUAUAUCCAAACAAGUAUUAGAAUAUUUCGAUGAGUGUAUGAUAAAAAUGAAUAAUAGUACAGAACCAGAGAUAAAAGCUCAAAUUGGGAAACAAAUUCAUUUUUUGUCCGUGGGGUUGCCAGAGUUUUUGAAGUUCCGAAACAAAGUUUUAGAAGAAAGUUCGAAUGGAGUCCAGACAAUAAAAAUGGAGAAAUUUUCUGAAGAUAUGUCGGUUGAGUCUUUAGAUUUAUAA